AGUACUAUCGACUACCAAACCUACUAUGAGAAUAUGGCUUCGAUAGCUUUUGUGGUUUCCAAGAUUAUUGAGUGCUAAUAAUUAUUAAUGCAUUUAAAGGUAAUAUAGAAGAUAGAUACCUAAAUUCAUGUUAUUCAUGGUUACAAGCACGAUUAAAGAUACAAUAUAUUUAAUCGUGGUCACAAGACGUUAAAACUACAAUUGCUGAAUGCUGGUUUAACAGAACGCUUGGCUCGAUUCUUAUCAAUAAUACGCCGAGUCGGUUUUAUUGUUUAUAUAUUAUACGAUUAUGAUACCUACGAUUAUGCGAAUUUUACACAAAAUUCAAAACUGUCUUCAUUGGCAAAAUUUUUUUAACUUUAUUAAACUAGUAUUUUUUAUCCACAAUUAGUAACCAUUUUCGAUUUUUUUAUACUCAGAGUAAUAAUAUAGUUUGAGUACAUUCGUUGUACUAUGUGAUUGUGUUAUAGUAUUCAUUAACAUGGAAUAUACAAUAACUCAUCUGUAAAUAGUAUUUUUUUUUUUUUGUCUAUCAAUUGUCCAUAUAUUUCUUGUAUUCUACAUGGUUCUUAUAAUAAAUUUCUAUUAUUAAAUCAAUUAACUCUUAAUAUGGAUACCAAUCAUUCAUUGUCAACAACGCGGGUCAAUACCAUGGACAACAUCAAACAUGAUCGUUCUGGAAACCAUGGGUCCCUGAUUAACAAUUUAAGUCAUAUGCCAACAUUUGGUCUACCAGCUAGUGCCUAUGAAUUAAAUUCCAGUUCAAGAUUAACUAUAAGAUUUGAUAGAGAAAUGUUCAACAGUAGUCUAUUUGAGAGUGAAAUAGAAAUCAGUCCUGCAUUUCGAUUUAAUAGAAAUGAUUUAUUCAGACCUUCCCAUUUUGAUUUCAGUCAUAGAAGUAGCACAUUAUUAAAUGGACAAUUCUGUACACCCAAAGAAAUAGUUCAAAAUUUAGAUACAAAAAAGCAUUUACAUGAGUUUGGGUCGAAAAAAACUGAGGUCAAAGCCAAACUGUUUAAAUGUGAUGUGUGCAAAAAAUCAUUCUCUAGUUCUGGUGGAUUGACUGUCCAUUACAGAACACAUACAGGUAACAAACCUUUCAAGUGUGAUUUAUGUAAUAAAACUUUCUCAAAUUCAAGUCAUUACAAUUACCACAUGCGUGUACAUUCAGGAGAUAAACCAUUUAAAUGUCAUGUGUGCAACAAAGAAUAUUCUUGUGCUAAUGGUAUCUUAUACCAUCAGAGAACCCAUCACUUUUUACAAGAUACUAAACCGUUAAAAUGUGAUGUAUGUGACAAACUGUUCUCCAGCAUUGGUGGUCUGACUGUUCACUAUCGCUCUCAUACUGGUGACCGCCCAUUUAAGUGUGAAGUGUGUUUUAAAACAUUUACUAGUUCCAGUCACUGCAAGUAUCAUCAGAAGACUCAUUCACAGUUGAUUACAAAAAAAACCUUGAAAUGUGAUGUUUGUAACAAAUUGUUCUCCAGUUCAGGUGGCCUUGUAGUUCAUUACAGAAUGCAUACUGGUGAUCGUCCAUUCAAGUGUGAAGUUUGUUUCAAAUCAUUUACGAGUUCCAGUCAUUUCAAGUAUCACCAAAAAUCGCAUGUGAUUUCAAAUGAUAAAAAAACAUUGAAGUGUGAUGUAUGCGAUAAAUUAUUUUCUAGUGCUGGUGGUCUAGUCGUUCAUUAUCGUACACAUACUGGUCACAGACCAUUCAAAUGUGACAUUUGCUUAAAAUCUUUUACUAGCUCAAGUCACUUCAAAUAUCACCAAAAAACCCACAUGGUUAAUGUCUAAUGUAGCUUAAAUAUAUUUUAGUCAAGAGAAACUAAUUACUUAUUAGGUUAUUAUAUUUAUAUUUGGAAAUGCUUACUUUUUCUUCAGUAAAUAUAUUAUUAGUUAUUUAUAAAACUUCUUUCCUAUACUCUGUAUAUACUACAAUAUUUUUUCUAUUUGUAAUAAAAUGUACAAAAUCAAUAUUUUACAUCUUUUUUCUAUUAGUCUUUUGAUUUAAGUUUAUUUUAAUCAUAGUAAUAUUUAAGUAUAAAAAUGAAAUAUUAUAAUUUAUAGGUAUAAUUUAUUUGAUGUGUAAAAAUUGUAUCAUGUAUCAAUUUAUUAAAUAUUUGUAGUAAGUUGGUAAUCUUACUUAUUUCAAUGAACAUAAUACUUAUUUUAUAUCUAAACAUUGUAUUAUUUAAAGUAAGAAUUAUGUGAUAUAGUACAUCUAUCAAUGUUUCAUUGAUUAUAAUGUUGAUUAUGAAAUAAUUGUUCUCAAAUGUUCUGUCACUAAAAAUUUGUAUACCAAAUCGCAUUGAUCGUUUUUUUUUUUUAAACAAAAUAUUGAAAAUUUUUCAAUUUCAAUUAUUAUUUAUACUAAUAUUCAAUUAUUUAUACUAAAUGUACAUUUUUAAAUUUGAAUUGAUUGCUCAUUGAAAUUGUAUUGUUUAGAAAGAAAUGACUUAAAAAAUUAUAUUUUAAUUUCUCCAUUCUUAGCAUUUUUUUUUAGUAUUUUGCUUUUUCUUUAUAUUAAACAAAUUAAAAUUCUAAUUUGUGGUUUUAUUUAAAUCUUAUUAUGCUUUGUAUACCUAUUUGGUUGGAUUGUUGUCAUAUAUCUAAAAACAAAAUAUUAAUAGUGCUGUAUAAUUGUAUUAUAAAAUCUAUCAACUUCAUAUUUGAUACUCAUUUUAAUAGGUAUAGUUGGUUAUUUAAAAUUGUAUAAAUAUUUUAAUUUAUAGACUGUAUUAAAUUUAAUCAAAAAUAAUGUUUACCCUUUGAGACAGAAUAGAUACUCUGAACCCUCAUGACCUACUGAAGGUUAAAAAUUUGAAUUGAGCAUUUUAAGGAUAACAUAUUACAUCUUACAAUUUGCUGUAAGUAGCAUAAAGAGCCAUAUAAACUUCCUAAUUAUAUUAUUUUGAAAACAAGAUUAAAACAUAUUCAAUAAAUAUAUUUUUUUUUA